GCCUUUUGUAUUGCAUUAUACAGACGGCCGUUGAUGUGUUUACUAUAUCAUCUAUCGUCUGCUAUCAAUUCAGCGUUCCAACAUGGACGGUUCCGCAGCAGCAUCCUCAAGGCCGCUUUCGUUCUCUGAACAAAACACUGCACACUUUUUGGUUUUCGACUUUGAUGGAGGUUGGGAUAAGUACCUAAAGCUUAUAUGUGACACACUCACCAAGGUUAUCGCACUUGCGCUCAACUUACGUGAAGGAUCGCCGCGCAUUGCCACGAUGGGAGUGUUCAUUUUAACAGACCGCGUCGAAUGCGUGUUUUCGUUCCAAUAUCUGAAAACAAGUCUGCGAACGUUAACUUCCGCGCUGUCUGCUCUAGUCUCUCGCAAAGAGUUUGCUCGGUGUGGCGAUGAUUCUCUCGGUUCUUUGUUGUCCGACCUGGCCGCUUACGUUGGAGCGCAGUACAAGGACUAUUACAAGAGUCGUCCGGCCUGUCCGCUGCACCUGGCCAUCUUCAGCACACGCUCGGACCGCCUGCUGGAGCGCAUCGAGACCCUGCGCUUGGAACCCGCUACGCGAGCCGUGCUGUACCAGCUGGAGCCGCCAGCGGGGCUGCGGCAGGACGACGAGCGCUGUGUCGUCUCUCCCGCCGCCACGUGGCCCAGCGUGGUGCGGCUUCCGGCCGAGGCGGUGGCGCUCGACGCCGCCCUCAAGAGUGUGCUGCUCAAGGGCAGGACGGCCCACGUGCUGCUCUGCCUCGGCCAAGACGACACGGGGGAGGACAGUGACAUUCGGUGCCACGUGCGUGAAGUGCUGCUGCCUUUUGCGGACACCCCGGGCGCAGACAUGAGACUGGACAACGGAGGCGGCCUUGAAGACGACGCCCUUGCGAUCACCUGGUUCAUCAGGGCUGCGCUGGUGUUGGUCGUGGCGGGCUUGUGUCUCAAGGCGUAUGUGCUCUACAGCAAGCGCGUCUACCGCGGCACCACCACGAUGAGCGGAAAGACGGUCAUCGUGACCGGUGGCAACGCAGGAAUCGGAAAGGAGACUGCCAAGGAACUCGCCAGGAGGAAGGCCCGCGUGAUCUUAGCCUGCCGAAACAUGCAGCGCGCCCAAAAGGCCGCUCGAGACAUCUUUGCGGAAACUGGCGAAGCGGUGGUCGUCAAGCAGCUCGACCUGUGCUCCUUCAAGUCGGUGCGGGCGUUCGCUGAAGACGUCGUCCGGACGGAACCACGACUUGACGUGCUGAUCAACAACGCAGGCAACAUCCCAGACAAGCUGAUGCUCACAGAGGACGGAUACGAAGUGGGCCUGCAGAGCAACUAUCUGGGUCAUUUCCUGCUGACUAUUCUGCUGACAGAGCUUCUCAAGAAGAGCGCGCCCAGCCGCGUGGUGAACCUGUCUUCGGUGCUGCACCACUUCGGCACUACGUGGCGCAUCGAGGAGCAGGCCAAAGGCACGUACGGCUGGCGCACACCGCUGCUCACCUACUGCAACACCAAGAUGGCCAUGGUGCUCUUCACCCGAGCUCUGGCGCCUCGGCUCAAGAUACACGGAGUGACCGCGAACGCAGUCCACCCGGGCGCAGUCGACACUGGAAUCGCCGGAGAAGAAAGACUGAUCGCCUACCUCUUCCGAAUCCUCGUGAAUUUCUACGGAAGGACGGCGUGGGAGGGGGCCCAGACGUCCCUGUACGCGGCCGUGGAUGAUCGCUUCGCAACGGACACAGGCCUUUAUUUAGAGGAGUGUGCGCGCGGCAUUGUCAGUUACCGGGCAGUCAACAGAAAGUGUGUGGAGAACACAUUCGCCCGAACCAUCAGCCUCUGCCAUCUGGACCCGACCGAAGUCGAGAAGCUCUUCGAGCUUCCUGGCGGACGGGCAGCGUGAUUUGGUGGAUGCUGUCAUAUCGCUUAACGUAACACGCAGUGGCCAGCGUCUGGCUUUAAUCCUGCCUUGCUUAAACAGAGCUUACUGCUACGAGCCAAGUUUAUAACAUGCGUCAGUACUAUAGACAAAGUAGACACGAAAGAGGGGGCCGAAUUUAACUAGCUUUUUCAUCUGUGUGCCGCAUUAGCAGCUGACUGCGCCGAGUGACCAUGGCAUCUGUUGUUAGAAACCGCUCCAGUGUCCGAGCGGUACCGUGAAUGCGUGACCGGCACUCCACUUCUGGAAACACGGCUACCGUUCCGAAAAACGAUGCGUUAUUCUGCGAAUCACAGAUGAAAUGAAUACAUUAUGUACAUUAUGUAACCUGUCAACGUGUUGCAGGAACCAUGACGUUUGCCACAUUGAUUGGUGUAGAUACGUUACAGAGAAUAAUGUCAUUUUAUGAUGGGUUUCUUGAACACGGUGUACGCCCGAACAUAAGAGGAACAAGAAAAGAAGGUGACUCAAGUGCUCGUGUGUGUCGUCUUUCUUGUCUUGUUCUUCGUAUUUUCACGCCAGAAUGAACAAACUGUGACAUAUAUUAUCCUAUAAGAUUCAGAUAAUAAAGAUAUCUACCCUGCCGACGUGACAA